AUGGGAGAAUCAGCAACGCAGCUGAGAUAUGUUGACAUUGGCAUCAAUCUGGGCGAUCCUGUCUUCAGGGGUGAAUAUCACGGCAAGAAAGUACAUGAUGAUGAUCUCAAGGACGUCAUCGAGCGCGCGGUCAAUGUUGGCUGCAAGAAAUUCAUGGUCACAGGCUCUGAUCUAGAGGAGUCGAAACAUGCCAUUCAAGUGGCCAAAGACUAUCCUGGUUUUUGUUAUGCCACGGUUGGCGUGCACCCUUGCCAGGCAAAACUUUUCGACUCCUACCCUCAAGGUCCGGAGGCGUAUCUGGCAGAAGUAAAAGCCCUGGCUUACGAAGCCAAAGAGUCGGGCUACGCGGUUGCCUUUGGGGAAAUCGGGCUCGAUUACGAUCGGUUAUUCCUAUCGCCCAAGGAUCAACAGUUGAAAUAUUUUGAAGCACAGUUGGACGUGGCGGUGGAAGUGCAAAUGCCUCUAUUCUUGCACUCUCGUGCCGCGAGCGAGGAUUUCGAACGGCUACUUGCGCCCAGACUUCCUAAGCUGCCUAAAGGUGGCUUGGUGCACAGUUUUACCGGCACCGUGGACGAAAUGCGGAGACUGGUCGCUUUGGGUUUGGAUAUCGGGGUCAAUGGAUGCAGCUUGAAGACCGAAGAGAACUUGGAGGUUGUGAAAGCAAUGCCCCUUGAUAGAAUUCAGAUCGAAACCGACGGGCCUUGGUGCGAGAUCCGGCCCUCUCACGCAUCAUUUAAAUACAUCCAGGAUGCGCCUGAAUUGCCAAAAGCAUUCAAAAAAGAAAGAUGGCAGAAGGGAUGCAUGGUCAAGGGUAGGAAUGAGCCGAUCACGAUAUCACGCGUAGCGCAGGUGAUAGCUCACGUCAAGGAAAUUACAGUGGAGGAGGUUUGCAAAACUGCAUGGAACAACUCCAUCAGAAUGUUUGGUCUGGGGGAAGAGGCAUCAUAA